AUGCAACGCGUUCAUGAUAAGGUUAACUUCACAUUAUCUUACAUUGGCCGGCCAACUGCCAACGACGGUGUCGACUGCAUGCAUGGCCCUUCAGAAUGCAUGGGCAACAUCAUCGAGCUCUGCGCCCGCGAACUCUACCCCGAUCCAAAGAUCAACCUCGGCUUCAUCAUGUGUCUAAGCCGCGACUACGGCGAAAUCCCCGAACGGUCCCUCGUCGAAGACUGUGCUCUUGAAUCCGCGAUCGAUUUCCAGCAACUUAACGACUGCGCUGUAAAGGAAGACGGCGCCUAUGGCUUGAGCCUCCUACGGGAUAGCAUCAAGAGAACUGCAGAUGCCGGUGUGACCAAGAGCGCCACUAUUCGUCUCGACAACAAAAUCUACUGCAUCCGCGACGGUGGCGAGUGGACCGACUGUCCCAACGGUUCUGGCGUCAACGAUUUAAUCAUUGCGAUCGAGAAGCUGCGCCGCUAG